GGAGGGCAUGCCGGAGAUACAGCAGAUAACAGUCCAGCAGUGGCAAGUGGACUCCUCCUUUGCACCGGGACACUGAGCAGGAAGGAGCUGGAAAUGGCGAGAUACAAGCCAAGGGUGAUUUCUUUGAACAAGAGGUCAGAGCAAACUUUUGGCUUCUACUUGAGAGUGGAGCAUGAGGAGGAGGGACACCUGGUUCGCUGCUUGGAGAUGGGAGGAAACGCAGAAUUGGCUGGAAUGAAAGAUGGAGACCGGAUCUUGAAGGUCAAUGGAACGUUUGUGGAUGGACUUCCCCACUCUGAGGUAGUCGAAUUGGUAAGAAACAGUGGCUCUUCUGUCCUCUUCCAUGUUUUGGACGAGGCAUCGUACAAACAAGCAAAAGCUCAGGGAGUGAACUUGGCCGACUCUCACAGCUCACCAGUCACUAAUGGUGUGUCCAAACAUGCGCCCAAACCCAAACUGUGCUACCUUGUUAAGAACAACAGCGGCUAUGGUUUCUCCCUCCGCUCAGUUAAAGGCCAGCAGGGUUUGUACAUGACAGAGGUGAUCCCAGGAGGUGUCGCGGACCAGGCCGGGGUCAGACUCAAUGACCGCCUGUUAGAGGUUAACGGAGAAGACAUGGAAACACACGACCAGGCAGUGGAGAAGAUCAAGUCUGCAGGGGGCGCUCUCCUGUUCUUGCUGGUAGAUGAGGAGACAGAGAGACACUACCAAAGCAAACACAUAAAAAUUGGGGCCUGGUUAGCAACGACUAAGUACCUGCCACACAAGCCCAGAAUCGUAGAGAUGACCAAAGGAAGUGACGGCUAUGGUUUUCUGCUAAAAGAGGAACCUAAACUCUCAGGGCACUUCAUCAGAGAGAUAGACAGAGGGAGCCCAGCAGACAGAGUAGGCCUGAUGGACAUGGACAGACUGGUGGCUGUGGACGGGAAGGAAGUGGCUGGACUUUCCCAUGAGGAGGUGGUAGACUGCAUCCGUAUGAGUGGCAACCAAUGCUCCCUCCUAGUGGUGGACAAAGAGACAGACCAAAUGUACGAGAAGGGAAAAGUCUCCCCUAUGCUUUUCUGGGAGGAGAUGAAGGGUCUAACUUCACCUCCGAGCUACAACGAAGCUGUAACAAUUCCUGCUGCCCACCGUCCACCUUCACCAGUUCAGGACAGAGAGGAGGACCUCAAACCCAAACUGUGCAGAAUGGAAAAGACCUCCGCCGGAUAUGGGUUCCACCUAAACGGCAUUCAGGGCGUGUGUGGACAGUACAUCAAAGAGGUCGUGAAAGGGGGUGCAGCGGACAGGGCCGGGCUGGAGGAUGAGGACAUGGUGGUGGAGGUUAAUGGGGUGAAUGUGGAGAAAAGCACCCAUGAAGAGGUUGUAGGUCUGAUCCGGAGCAGUGGUAGUUAUCUGGAGAUGCUGGUGGCCAGUAGGAGCGUCUAUGACAGGCUCACAGCUAAGGGAGUGCCCAUCACAAGAGCACUGCUGGGGGAGACGUCCUACGCUCAAGUUCACACUCCUGAAACGAGAGAAAUACGACAAGAAACUCCACCGCCAGCUCUGCCAGAAGAACCAGAGCAACCAGCAAGAUCAAGGAGCUCAUCCGAGUCAUCUUCUGCAUCUGAAGCCAGUGUAGAUGAGAGAUUUUGAGUUGGUCUCCUGUUAAUAUUCACCAUUUAACUUAAUAUUACCACAGUCACCAGAGCAGCAGAGCUCAAAUUAAA